CCAAUCGCGAGAUUAAGAUGACAAGCGCAACAAAAUUAAGUGUAAUAGGGGUUUUUGGCCUUAUGGCCAUAAUCGGUUGUGCCACAGCACAAACAACUGUGGAUCCCUGUGCGGAGCCGGGAGUUACUGAAGCAUUCCUGCCUCACCCUACCGAUUGCACGAAGUAUUUCUCCUGUUAUGGCGGCAAAGGAUACGAACAGACUUGUCCUGAUGGCAAGUUCUUUGAUCCAAUGAACAAAUGGUGCGAUAUACCCGAAAAAGCAAAUUGUGUAGUUAACAACUGUCCUCCUGAUGGCAUUGUAUAUUUGCCCAUACCCGAUGUGUGUGAUCGAUUCACAAUUUGCAUUGGUGGAGUGGCUUUCGAAGGCGUUUGCGACGAUAAUUUAUAUUUCGACGCAGAACUGCAAGAGUGCAAUCUGAAGAAUGAGACAGACUGUGUGGUCAAUCCCUGUAUACAGCCACCACCGGACCCACCAGUAGAAUUAGAGAUUUACCCAAAUCCAGCAAACUGUCAGCAGUAUCUACUUUGUUUGCAGGGUGAGCCGAUUAUAAGAAAUUGUGCACCAAACCUCUUCUUUGAUCCGACGUUGUUGCAUUGUGUAGAAGCCGAAGAUUGCAUUGAGGAGACUGCAACUGUCAUGAAUGAACUAGAAGUGGACGUUUGGUAGAAGCCUGAGUCUAUCUUGAGUCUAUCCGAUAUACGUGAAAACAA